AUUGGAUGCCGCCCGUGAACGCCCCUAACGGCUCCGGCACGAGCCCGCUCCCCCGGUUCGUUCAUUCAUUCCUGCAGGAGCGCAGCGCCGCGGAAGACGCGUCGACUCCACUUCAAGUGUCUCUGAGGGACUCGCAGCCUGUUUGUGCUCGGCGGCCUCCUCCUUUGUGUCGACCAACCUUUGCAUUCAAGGCAUCCAAGGAAUCCGAGAACGAUGGCCCAGCAACAGCAGAUUAGCCUUCCAGCCAAGCUGAUCAAUGGAGGGGUGGCAGGCCUGGUCGGAGUCACCUGCGUGUUCCCCAUCGACCUGGCCAAGACCCGCCUGCAGAACCAGCGCAGCGGGCAGCAGCUCUACAGGAGCAUGAUUGACUGCCUCAUAAAGACGGUUAAGUCCGAAGGCUACUUUGGCAUGUACAGAGGUGCUGCAGUGAACCUCACCCUGGUAACGCCCGAGAAGGCCAUCAAACUAGCUGCCAACGACUUUUUCCGGCACCAGUUGAGCAAAGACGGGAGCAAGUUGACAUUGUUGAAGGAGAUCCUGGCCGGAUGCUGUGCAGGCAUGUGCCAGGUGAUCAUCACCACGCCCAUGGAGAUGCUGAAGAUCCAGCUGCAGGACGCGGGCCGGCUCGCGGCCCAGCAGAGGGUGAUGCCCAGUGUCGUGACCACCCUGAAGAUGGGCGGAACCAGCGCUGUCCUCAGCCGCGCCUACAACACCAGCCCCGGGCCGCAGCUCAUGCGAGUGUCCGCCACCCAGAUCACCAGGGAGCUGCUGAGGACCAAAGGCGUCACUGGACUUUACAGGGGGCUCGGAGCUACGCUGAUGAGGGACAUCCCCUUCUCUGUUGUGUACUUCCCUCUGUUUGCGCAUCUGAACCAGCUCGGCCAGCACUCGCCCGAGGACCCGUCUGUGCCGUUCUACUGGUCCUUCAUGUCGGGCUGCCUGGCCGGCUCCACCGCAGCCGUGGCCGUCAGCCCCUGUGACGUGGUCAAGACGAGACUGCAGUCGCUCAAAAAAGGGACAAAUGAGGAGACGUACAACGGAGUGGUGGACUGCGUCAGAAAAAUCCUGAAGAAAGAGGGUCCCGGAGCGUUGCUCAAAGGCGCCGGCUGCCGGGCCCUGGUCAUCGCGCCGCUCUUUGGCAUCGCUCAGGUCGUGUACUUUGUAGGCGUUGGGGAGUUCGUCCUGGGGUUCAGCCCCUACAACAUCUGCUCCGCAUGAUGGACCCGCCUCCUGCCCUGGCUGUAAUCCAUGGACUCCAUGGGUUCUCUGUGACUGUACCUUCUUGAUUUCUGGAGCUUUUCAGAGUAAAAGGCUAAAGAGACCUGUGAGCUGCCAUUUUAUUUCAGAAUAGUUUGAAAUUGCGCCUCUAGCAUGACUUGCUUUUAUUUAAGAGUCUGAGAUUUGAACGUAUCUUUUGGCUUCAGUGGAGCUAAUUGUGAGAAAGGACUUGCUUCCCUCACUGAGGGAAUAAAUAGUCCAACACCGAUCUCCUGUUUCAGUCUAUCACGCUGAACUCUGGUCUGUUGGUGCUAAAACCUCCCUGGUGUCUUUUAGAUUUAGAGGUUUUCCACCCACGUUCACCCAUUCCUCUCAUCCUCACUACUGGCCUUUAAAUAGCUGGGUGCACGCUGAUCAUUUAUUAUCGUCCCACGGUGUUUUCUCUCAGGGGUUGAGGUUUACACUGAGCACAGUGAACACGUCUCAGUCUACAAACUGUUUGUGUGACUUGCACCUGUUUGCACCAAAACACUACAAUGAGAAUCAGUUUAUUUUGGUGAAGGAAAUGUAAUUGUAUGGUUGUAAACUAGAAAACUAUUGUAUGUGAUUUUGGGACCAAGUCUUCUGAAGUAGGUGCAGCCACUUUGUCUGGGUUGACUGUGGUUGUGGCAGGAGCCCAACAGCAACUCUACAGUGUAACGUGAGGCUUCUAGAAGAUGGAAUGGCUAGAAAAGCUUCUUUUUAUAUCUUUAUUUUUCACAUACCUCUAUCUGUGCGAGUGGAACUCAAAUUCAGGGUCGUUUCAUCGUGUAUAAAGUGUUUAAACAGUUGGGAUUAAUUUAUUUUGUUUCAGAUUACUUGUAAAUGCAGAUGCUGAAUAAAUAUUGCCAAAUGCA